AUGGCAAACGACAUUAAAGGUCGGGCAACUGUGGAUCAGAUGAUAGCUUUGAACGGGUUUUUGAAGCUUGAUCCACAGUUGCUAAGUGGAAAAAUUAGCAGUAGUUUUACGUUUAAAACCGCUCAAAAACGCUGGGAGGAAAUUGCUGAGUCUCUAAAUGUAAUACCCGGAGCCGUUAAAAAUUGGAAUAAAUGGCGUAAAACUUUUCAAGAUAAUCGAACCAAAGCUAAGACCAAACAGGCAAUGAUUAGAGCAGCACAAAGAAAAACUGGCCAUAAUACACCAUGUUCUACACUGACUGUUGUAGAAAAUGAUGUAUUGGAACUUAUUAAUCCAACCAGCAUUUCAGGCCAUACAACAGCUAAGACAUCCAAAGUCAAUUUUUCAUUUGGUGAACAGCAGGGUGUUGACAUUGUAAACAAUGACAACAUAAUAGUUGUACAACCAGAUGAUAACUGGCCUGUCGAUGACAGUUUUUUAAAAAGUCCUUCCUUUGGUACAUCCUCUCCAAUCAUUCCAAAUUCUCCAAAGAAUCCUGACUUAAAUCCUGUUUCAUCCAUUGAAGAAUCAAAUGAUAGUAUAUAUUCAAUAAUUUUUUCCAUUUAA